AUGGUUCUAAGGAUGGCGAUAUUCACUGACGAUGCCGACUACGAUGCCGGCGAAACGUUUGGGAAUGUACUACUUCCACCGUUCGACUUUGGAAAUGAUCAUGCAGAAAAUGGACUCCGGACUAGUUUCCACCUCAAAACCCUCGCGGGCCGAAUUUCUUCUACCUUGGGCUCGAUGAUCCUCUACAGGUUUGCCAGUUAG